UUCUUUUCCUAUCUGUCUAACCCCAUAAUGAUUUCCUUAAAUACUACAAGCUCCACUCCUGUGAUGUUUAUGCUACUUGGGAUUCCUGGACUCGAACCAUUUUACGUAUAUAUCGCUAUUCUCUUCUCGCUUGUUUAUAUAAUAUCAGUUGGUGGAAAUAUCUCUCUUUUACUGAUCAUUAAGAUUGUUCGGAGCCUCCAUGAGCCCAUGUAUUUUUUUCUAUGUAUGUUAUCAAUCAUUGACUUAGUGUUGUCCAGUUCAACAACACCAAAAAUGUUGGGAAUCUUGUGGUUCAAUUCACAAAAAAAUUACUUUGCUGCUUGUCUCACACAGAUGUUUUUCCUCCACUCUUUUGCUAUAAUGGAAUCGGCUAUUCUUUUAGCCAUGGCAUUAGAUAGAUACCUUGCCAUUUGUCAACCUCUAAGAUAUAACACCAUAUUAACUAGCCAACUGAUUAUUAUUAUUGGCUUGAUAGCUUUAUGCAGAGCAGUGGCAUUAAUGACACCAUUGCCUUUUCUUUUAAAAAGGCUGCCAUUUUGUUCAGAAAAUGUUGUCCAUCACUCUUACUGUGAGCACAUGGCUAUAGUGAAGCUAGCUUGUGCUGAUACCACCUUCAACAACAUCUAUGGCAUAGUGGUGGCUCUCCUCAUAGCUGGCCUUGAUUUACUAUUCAUAGUGUGGUCUUACAUAUUGAUUCUCAAGGCUGUGUUCCAUUUGGCCUCUAGAGAGGCCAGACUGAAAGCCCUUGGUACGUGCGCCUGCCACAUCUGUGCUAUUCUUGUUUUCUAUGUUCCAGUCGUUCUCUCAUCUAUAGUCCACAGGUUUGGAAAGAAUGUUCCCCUUCAUAUCCAUAUCUUACUGGCAAAUUUCUACCUAAUGCUACCCCCCAUGAUUAAUCCCAUUGUUUAUGGUGUUAAAACCAAGCAGAUUCGGUGCAGAGUGAAAAAACUGUUCCACAUGGCUGUUAAAUGA